AUGUUAUUCUGCCCAAUCUGUGCAAAUAUUCUUAUGGUCGAAGAGGCUUUUGAAUCAUCGCUACGGUAUGGUUGUAAUACUUGCCCCUAUAUAUACAAUAUACGGAGGAAAGUCUCGUCGCGCACCUUCCCAAAACUAAAGGAGUUAGAUUAUAUUAUGGGUGGUGCUGCUGCAUGGGAGAAUGUAGAUUCAACUGAUGCUGUAUGCCCCAAGUGUGCUCAUGGUAAAGCAUUCUUUAUGCAAUUACAAACACGCUCAGCAGAUGAGCCUAUGACCACAUUCUAUAGAUGCUGCAACCAUAAAUGUGCACAUAAUUGGCGUGAUUAA